AUGGCAAGUGAUGUUUGUGGAAACUUGGAGGUGGCAAGCAGAAACUCCAAGCUUGAACUUGACAAUGAAGAUGUCAUAGAUGAGGAUAAGUUGGAAGAAGAGAUUGAGGGUGGAGCAGAAGUUGAUCCAGAUGUUCAAAUACUACAACAGGUGGAAACUUAUAUUUCAUGGAAGAGCUCCAGAUUGAAGACAAGAGUGAAAGAAGCAUUUGAACUCCUGACCAAAGUAUUCCAGCUGAUGGCACAGGCCUUAGAUGUUGUAUCCAUCCCAGCCACAUCACCUCAGAGGUAUCAUUUCAUUCUAAGCAAGGCAGAAAUGCAGAAUCUCCCAUCAAUGCUUGCUGGUUCCCAAGAAAGUAUGGACUACUUGAAACUUGCCUUUGGAGUAGAUCUCAUAUCAUGCCUUUCAACUCAGAGACCUGCAGUGGAACAGGAUGCCAAUGCAGUCCCUGCAUCCAAUAACCUCAUACUUGAUGCCAACCUGGCAACAAUCGGAAACCAGCAGGAUGGAGAACUUUGCAACGAAGCUAUCAUCCUUUCCAAGAUUUUCACUCACAGCUACAGCACAUCAGACGCUUUGCACCACCUCCCAUUCUGCAAGAAGCUGAAUGGAAAAUAUCAGCUUCAUCAGAAGGCUUUCCUUCACCAAAUACUUUCAAAAUAUCCAAAUGUUGUAGCAACUGAAGCUGAGCUACAAGAUGUCUGUAUUCGAAAGGACCAAUUUGGACCUAUCCUCCACAUUUUGGAACCUCGUGACGGCUAUGCUUGCAACCAAUGCGACUACGCUACCCAGAGCAAUAUGGCGAGCACAGACUUACUCCACAAACACUGGAAUGCCCAUCGUAAAGCGAAUCCUUCACUUCCUCUAUUUCGUCAAAAGGGUGCCACAGCACUCGAUCCACGAAAAUUUCGUCUAUGCAAGGUGCAGACGUUCAACACCAGAUCCACCUCCAGCCAUUGGCUAGUGGUCCCACCUUUGGCGAACCAGCCGACCACUUCCGUUGCAGUCCCGCAAAUUCCUGUUGGCGCCAUACUCGCUGCUGGAUUGGGCUGCAAUACUUAGCGAUCUCAACCGCGGUGAAGUUGUGCACCGAGGUAAAUUAAGGAUUGGUCGGGGGCGUC